CUCUCCCCCCUCUGAGACCUCUGAUAUUUCUAUAUCUUUCUUUCUCUGUGUCUCUACGAUCACGAUCAGACGGUCCAGAAUGCACGGAGUCUCUGCUGCUUGAUUUCUGUGGUUUUAUAGCCUGAAACCCCCAGAUCCCGCAUCUCCGCGCCCAGAUCUUGCUUACGGGUUUCUUGUUUUCCUUGCGGCGAACAUGGAGGCCAACCAUGGUUCAGUGGUAGUUAUGCUUGGUUACGGGGCGCUAAAGUGCGCCGGGGAGGCUUUAGCGACUUUGCUUCUAUCGGCUCUGGUCAAAGCCCAGCUUUUCGCUCCGGAUCCUAUCAUCAAAGGAGAUCAACAUGCUCAAUGCCAAGACAAGCAAGUUGAUGCUGACGGAGACGAUGGCAAUGAGGAUGAUGGGGACGACGAUGAAGAGGGGAAUGGUGGAUUUGAAGAAGGCGAAGAGGACCUCUCGUCUGAAGAUGGAGGGGAAUACGGUAGCAACCCCAACAACAAUAAGAGCAACCCAAAGAAGGGUCCGGAUGGUGGGGCGGCAGGCGGAGCCGAAGAGAACGGCGAAGAGGAAGAGGACGACGAAGAAGACGGCGAGGAUCAAGAUGAUGACGAGGAUGGUGAUGAUGAUGAUGACGACGACGAUGAUGGCGGGGAAGAGGACGAGGAGGAAGAAGGCGUAGAUGAGGAAGAGAACGAGGAGGAAGAAGAUGAGGAUGAGGAAGCACUGCAGCCCCCAAAGAAGAGGAAGAAGUGAAAAACUAGAGCUGAGGAGCCUCCCCACAAGUACUGUGGCUCUAUGUGACUUGUUACCUAACUUCACGAUCGUAUUUUAGCAUUAUGAUGAGGAGGCUUUUUUUAGGACCAUGGUUUUAUUGGUAAUUAUAUUUCUAUUGCACGACUAGAGUACUGUAUAACUAUUGAGCUGAGGCAAUGAUAAAUUUGACAAAAAUGUUAUGGGUUUCGGUUUUAA